AUGAGUUCAAAAGAAAAUAUUCAAAAGUCUAUUCAAAAUGGCGAAUAUACGAUAUUGGACAAACCUAAAUCAAAUGCUACAUGGUGGAAUAAUUUUAAUCGUAUAAAAGACACUAAUGAUGAAAUCAUUAAUUAUGUACAAUGUGUGCGAUGCAAGCAAAUACUUGCAUAUGAACCUAAAAUUACCGGCUCAAGUACGCUUAAAAAUCAUGCAUCUUCAUGUAAAGUUACUGAUGUUUCAUCGAACAACACCAUCGAGAAUAUGUGGACAAAAAAAGAUCAUAUUCCAUCAGGUAUUAAACGACUUAUCGGUGAUGCAUGUGCUAAAAUGUGUAGUUAUGAUAUGAGACCUUACGAGAUGGUCUCAGGUAAAGGUUUUGAAUUAUUAUGCCAUACACUUAUUGAUGUCGGACGAAAAAUUUCAAAACCUAUUGACAUUUCAUCAAUUAUUCCUGAUCCAACGACAAUUUCACGUAGAGUACAAGUAUUAGCUGAAGAAUCUCGAAAAACAUUUAUUUCAAAUCUUUCUCAACAUAUGAAAAAUGUCAAGAUGAUUGGUGUAACUGGUGAUUAUUGGAAAAAUUCCUUCACCUCUGAUUCGUACUUUACAAUAACUCUUCAUUAUCAUCUGAAUGGUAAAAUUGAAUCUAUUAUGCUUAAAACGAUUCACGUAACAAUAUCGAAAACUGGAGGUUAG